AUAAAUGGAUUAGCAGAUAUUGACACACCACCUAGUCAUGCAAUAUUUACAUCUCUACCUAAAGUUAGAGAAAUAUCUAAUUCAAAUCAACUUCCGUUACAACCAUUACAACCAUUAUUACAGCCAGUUUCACAACUACACUUACAAAUAUCUUCACAAAUACCCUCACAGACAUCUUCACAAAUACCUUCACAAAUGCAUUUACAAAUGCCUUCACAAAUGCCUUCGCAAAUGCUUUUUUCACAAAUAAGCUCACAAAUCCCUUCACAAAUGCCUUUGCAAAUGCCCUUACAAAUUCCUUCACAAAUACCUUUACAACCAUCUUCACAAAUACCAUCUAAUUUUUCAAAUUAUUCAUUACAACCAUCAACUAAUUUUUUUUCACAUUACCCUAAUAUUCCCUUACAAGUAUUGCCAAAAUUUCCUUUAUACAUACCAUCAAAUUUCUCUUCACAAUUAUUACCUUCUAUCUCUUCACAACCUUAUUUUAUGCCAUUUCCGAUUUUGCCUAACUUAUCACAAGAAUCAACAAUCUCUUCAAAAUAUAAAGUUGAAAAUGCGAAUGGAGAAAUUUUGGCAGGUUUAUCAAAAUUUCAAGAUCAUGCUAUUCAAGUUAAGCAGAUAUGUAAAUUAAAUGAUAAACAAUUUGAAUUAGUAGGAAUUACUAAAACAGGAUGGAAAAUUGCAUUGCAAGAGGCUUCUAAAGAAUAUAAUUAA